GCUAAUGUUGAGAAGUUGUUUUGGAGAGCACUGGAGUCUUGGACUUCUAGGAAAGCUACCAAUCAGCUAGAAAUAUUUGUCCUGCAACCAAAUAUGGGAAAGAAGAACAGGACUUGCUGCAGACGGUCAUGGAUGAAGUAGAAAAGGUCAGGGCAGUCCAGAUGUCAAGGGACAUCCUUUUUUAAAAGAAGGCCAGAGGCAAGCAAUCAAGUUCAUAAGGCAGAUUUUGCUUCGUUUGGGGUUUGCUUUUAUAGGGUUAGGAACUGCAAGCAGUAUGAUACACAUCUUGCAAGGAUGAGGAGAACAUACUUGGAAAUGGCUCUUGGAGUUAAAUGAGGCUGGAUAAAACACACAAAUGAAGCAGAAGCUGCUCUGCAUGUGUUAGGACUCUAUCCCCAGAAGCACUGCUGAUCAGCCAGACUUGGUAACUUGUCAUAAUGAAGAAAAUUAGUCUCAAAACAAUUCGCAAGUCCUUUAACUUAAAUAAAAGCAAAGAUGAAAGUGACUUUGUAGUGGUUCAGCAGCCUUCAUUAAGUGAUUUUGGAAAAGAUGAUUCCUUGUUUGGCAGCUGCUAUGGUAAAGAUUUGGCUAGCUGUGAAGUCAAUAGUGAAGAUGAAAAAGGAGGCAAAAAUAGAUCAAAAAGUGAAAGCUUAAUGGGUACGUUAAAAAGGAGGCUUUCAGCAAAACAAAAGCAGAAAGGCAAAGGCAGCACGCCAUCUGUAAGCUCUGCGGAUGAUGACACUUUUUCUUCCUCUUCUGCUCCAAUAACCUUCAAAGAUGUGCGAGCUCAAAGACCUUUAAGAUCCACUUCCCUCCGUAAUCACCAUUAUAGUCCAACUCCAUGGCCCCUUCGACCUACAAAUUCAGAGGAGACUUGUAUCAAAAUGGAAGUGAAAGUCAAGGCCUUGGUCCACUCCUCUAAUCCAAGCCCAGCACUGAAUGGUGUUCGAAAGGACUUCCAUGACUUGCAGUCCGAUAACGUGUUCCAGGAACAAAAUAAUGCAUUAAAAAAUACAGAAUCUCAGAAUGGGGACUUACAUCUUCAUAUUGAUGAACAUGUGCCUGUAGUUAUUGGAUUAAUGCCUCAGGACUACAUUCAGUAUACUGUGCCUUUAGAUGAGGGAAUGUAUCCUUUGGAAGGAUCGCGUAGUUACUGUCUGGAUAGUUCCUCACCCAUGGAAGUGUCAACUGUUUCAUCUCAAGUGGGUGGAAAUGCUUUCCAUGAAGAAGAGAGUCAAGUGGAUCAGGAUGUAGUUGUUGCACCAGAUAUCUUUGUGGACCAGUCAGUGAAUGGCUUGUUGAUUGGUACCACAGGAGUCAUGUUGCAAAGCCCAAGAGUCAAUCACAGUGAUGUCCCUCCACUCUCACCUUUGCUACCUCCAAUGCAGAAUAAUCAAAUCCAAAGGAACUUUAAUGGAUUGAAUGGCACAGAUGGCCACGUGGCUGAAAGUAUGCGCUGCCAUUUGAAUUUUGAUCCUAACACUGCCCCUGGAGUUGGAAGAGUUUAUGAUUCUGUACAGAACAGUGGUCCUAUGGUUGUGACAAGUCUCACAGAAGAACUGAAAAAACUUGCAAAACAAGGAUGGUACUGGGGCCCCAUUACACGUUGGGAGGCAGAGGGAAAAUUAGCAAAUGUGCCUGAUGGCUCGUUUCUUGUUCGAGAUAGUUCUGAUGAUCGUUACCUUUUAAGUUUGAGUUUUCGUUCCCAUGGAAAAACGCUUCACACUAGAAUUGAACAUUCAAAUGGUAGAUUUAGCUUUUAUGAACAACCAGAUGUGGAGGGACAUACAUCUAUAGUUGAUUUAAUUGAACAUUCAAUCAGGGACUCUGAAAAUGGAGCUUUCUGCUAUUCGAGAUCCCGAUUGCCUGGAUCUGCAACUUACCCAGUGAGACUGACAAAUCCAGUAUCCCGAUUUAUGCAGGUGCGUUCCUUGCAGUACCUGUGUCGUUUCGUAAUACGUCAGUAUACCAGAAUAGACCUGAUUCAGAAACUGCCUUUGCCAAACAAAAUGAAGGAUUAUUUACAAGAAAAGCACUACUGAAAGCUUAUGGGAAUCUUGCAUCUUGCACUUUGGGAACAACAACAACAAAAAGAGAUUGAAUUACAGUUUACAGACUUUCAUUAUUAUCAGAAUCUUUUGCUGCCAUAACAAUAUUACAUUUUUGUGUGUAAAAGAAGUAAUGCAUUUGGGUUUUUGUUUUGGGGGUUUUUGUGUAUUUUGGGAGGUUUUUUUUUUUUUUUUUUGGAAAGAAUGAUCUCAAGUUUAUUUUUAGAAGUGUGAAAUAGCUAUCUUUCAUCAAUGUGCAGAUUAAUCACAAUGUGAAUGAUCAAAUUCUCCUUUAAUUUCCCCCAAGUCCUUUGCUGCUAUCCACUGUGAUUUUUAUGCAUUGAAAGCACAUUUCAUGUGUAUUCAACCAUGAGUAAAAGUCAAAUGAAACUUGUUGAAUGGAUUUUUUCUUUAAAAUAGCCUAUUGAAAAAGAUGAUUGUGAACAAAAGCAUAUUGAUAUUCUAAAUUACAAAACUUACUUGUAUGUUAAAAUGGUUUCCUAGCAUCUGAAUUAUAAAGUUCUAUAGAAAUAUGCCCUAAUGUAGAACUUAGACCUGUGUGAUAAGAACAUGGUUAUGCAGCAUAUCUUUGGAAAAAACCUUUCUCAUAAACCUUGUAUUGUCUGUACACUAUUUUGUGUUUGAGAAAGUUGGUUUGACUUUCUUCUUGUCUCAGUAUUUUGUCCUUCUAAAAAUGGCCUUCAAAAAAAAUCUUUGAAAGUCCAUGCAUAGUACCUAUAUGGAAAUCGCAAUAUUGAGAUCUUGAAAAUCACUACAUUUUAAAUUCAUGGCAUCAGUUAAAUAAAUGAACACCUACCAAGGUCCUCUCUUUCCUGUCCUUCUGCUUCCUACCUCCCCCAAAUAAAAAAUUACCUGGAUAUGUAGGAUGACUCUAGGAAUCCUUAUUAUGGAAACACAAGUUGACGAGUGGUUUUAGAGAUGUGGUAAAGCUUUGAACAGCUUCCCUUCCUCCAGGAUGAUUACUACAAUAGAUAUUUAAACUAUGUGGAAUUUUAAUGAUUUCCCUUUUUUUUGCGUUUUCACUUCUGCAAUUCAGAAGUACAAUAAUGUCCUAUUCAAACUAAAUGAAACUAAAUGUUUGAUUUUUUUUUCUUUUUCUCUCUCUCUUUUUUUUUACUAUUCUUUGGGAAGGGAGGAACAGGACUGAUGAUAAUUUGAUAGAAGAUGUGUAAAAUGUAUCACUGAAGCUCCAUUUUCAUAGAUUUGAAAUUACGGGGGGGAGAGGAGUUUGGGUUUUAAUGUAUAUUGACUACAGAAAUGACCACAGAAAAUGUUUGAGGUAACUGUCAUGGGGUAUGUUUUGACAUGUGAAAUAAUGAAUCAGUUAAGUAAAUGUUUCUGAUAUCUGUCAAAUAUUCUGGCAUUUGAAAAACUUAAAGUUAUUCUGACCUUCUUUAGGGAAAAAAUGACUUUCAAUUGGGAGUACAGCUUCUACAUUGUAGCAUUUUCUUCAUGCAGGGUUAAUCCGUGGCAUUUUCCUGUUUCAUUUUGUUUUUCCCCAUGGUCUAUCACUUCUAUGAGUUAUUCGUUAAUGGGGUCAUGGCUAACUCUGAAGGGAAGCCUGCUUUAUGCCCACCCUACCCCUGCCCUAAAAUUUUGCAUUUGAGAAUGUUACGUUCCCCAUCAUUGGUAGUAGUUGCUGGUGAGUAAAGAUUAGCUGAGAAGGCAGUUGUUAAUCUCUGAUACAACUUUCUUGUUUAGGUCACUUUCUUCUCUUGUUUAAUCUAGCCUUUUGUCCCUUGAAAUGAGUCUUUAGUAAUGAAUACAGUAUUGCUGCAAGGUGGUGCAGUAGCACUACAUCUUGGGUUGCCUGAAUUGAUAGACUAAAUUUAUAUUUUUUUAAUUUAUUUUUUGACCAUAAUGUUUAACAAAAAAAAGAAAAAAAAUCAAAGGUGGAUAAAAGCUGCCUUUGCUUUUAAGGGAGGGAGAAUAAGGAUUUCUUCUUUAGUCUAAUAAAGUUUUAAAUCUAGAGUAAUCUAUAUGCCUAAUUUGUUGGCUCUGCCAUCAAGAUAUAUGUAUGCAAGUAUGAAUUCUGUUUCCUUUUUCCCCCUCUACUGACUUUUUUUCCCCACCUCUGAAUCGAGAUCACUAACUUUAUUCAAAAAAAGGCACAAUAACCUAUUGCAUGGUACAGUGUUCUGAUUCUGUCUGUUGGGAGUGGGGAAAGAAAAUCAUUUUUAUGAAUUUCAGACACAUGCAUUUUAGAAGGAAAACCUCUGGCAUUUUCUUCACUUUAAAAAUUCUUUCCCAGUACAAGCCAGAGGGUCUAUGCAUUCUACAGAAUCUUUGAAAGAUUAUAGUAUGUUAAAUAUUUUCUCUGUCAUUUAGUACUACUAUUUAAUGCAUUAAACAUAUGUUUAUAUU